UAUACACAGUAGCAACACAAAAUCAUAAUAAUUUAUUUGCGAGGCAAAGUAAAUGUUUUCAUUAAUUCAAAGAAACAGUUACUCAUUUUUCCCGCAUAGUAAAGUUGCAUUUAAAAUUGAUACAGCAGUAUAUACUGUAAAGGAUAUAAAAUAAAUAUCGUAAGAAUCAUGCUUUGCCUUCGACAUGGAGUGGAAAACAGUGGUGUAUAUAGUGUUGAUAGUGAGCCUAUGUUUUCUGGCGAUACCGAUCCGUGUCGAUCCUGAUCACAAUAGUGAGGACGUGAAACUUUUCGAGACCUAUGUCGCGCGUUACAAUAAAUCUUACAGAAACAAUCCCGAGGAAUACGAAGAGAGAUUUAAGCAGUUUCAGAGAUCAUUGCGGCACAUAGAAAAAAUGAAUGGCUUUAGGUCAUCGCAGGAGAGUGCUUAUUACGGACUCACCCCGUAUACAGACAUGUCGGAAGAUGAAUUCCUGACCCAAACUCUUGUGCCAGACCUUUCUGUAAGAGGAGAGAGGCACAGAAACGCGUCCUACUAUCAGCACCAUCGACUACGGCAAUCAAGCAACCGCGUGAGAAGAUCGGCUGGCCUACCUUUGAAAUUCGAUUGGAGGACUAAAGGGGUGGUUACACCGGUGCGAAGUCAAGGGGUAUGCGGGGCCUGUUGGGCCUUCAGCACCGUCGAAGUCGCGGAAUCGAUGUUCGCGAUGAAAAAUGGCACCCUGUACGAGUUGAGCGUGCAAGAAAUGAUCGACUGCGCAAAAAACAGUAAUUUCGGCUGCGAAGGAGGCGACAUUUGCAGCUUGCUCGCGUGGCUGGUGCUAUCGAAAGCCACGAUACUUAGAGAGUCCGCUUACCCGCUCACGCGGAAGACAGGCGUGUGCAGACUCGAGAAGGGUAUGCUGAAGGAGUCCAGUGUCAGGAUAAAAGAUUUCACGUGCGAUAGUUUUGUAGAUGCAGAGGAUGAGCUGCUGAUAACGUUGGCUACUCACGGACCAGUCGCGGCUGCGGUAAACGCUUUGACCUGGCAGAAUUACUUGGGCGGAGUGAUACAGUACCACUGCGACGGCUCUUUCGACAACCUGAACCACGCCGUCCAAAUAGUCGGCUACGAUAAAACGGCUGCCAUACCUCAUUACAUUAUCAAGAACUCGUGGGGCACGAGCUUCGGCGACGGAGGCUACAUGUACAUUGCAAUAGGCAGCAAUUUGUGCGGUAUAGCGAAUCAGGUUUCAUCGUUGAACGUGCUCUGAGUCGGACCGCUCGGAAUUAAGACAACGUAACGUUUUCAAAGUAUUUAUAUUAAUCCUUAAAUGUACAUAGAGCCCAUCAGUGUAUCCUUAACUAAAGUGUCUGCGGAAAUGACAAUAAUGUUAAUAACAUUAAGCUACGUUCAUGAUAAUAGUUACGCAGUUGUUAUGUUAGUAUUGUUCCGUGCGAUCAGCCGCACGGCCUCCAUGAUUUUUACAAACUUUUCAACGCGCGCCAGGGGAUAGUUUGUAAUAAAAGAUUUUAUUU